AUGUCACCGCAAGAACAUAAGCCUGAAUAUGAUGCAAAUGGUAAAGAGGUAAAUCCUUAUAUUCCGAAAUUUAUCUCGACGGUGCCCUGGUAUCAUAAUAACUUGAAUGAUGAGAAGAGUGAAGAUUAUUUAUCUCAUCAAAGAUCUAACGCAAACGAUGAGGCCAUUGAUCACAGUAUUCCACAACCUGGGAGUGGUAUCAAUGAUGAAUUCGAGAUAAAAGAUGAAACAGAAAUUAAGAAGGUUGAAGAUUACGAUUCUAAAAGAGAUAGAUGGCACGGGUAUGAAGCACAAGAAUGGGAUAAAAUUGUUGAAAACUGGGAUAAAAUAAAAAAGAAGAAACAAAAACUGAAGAAUAUUAAUAUUCAGGAAGAUAGUGAUGAUACAGAUUAUGAGCUUGAGCUAAUUGAACUCGGAUUGGAUCUGAAAGAUAUAAAAAAUAAUCUCAAAGAAGAUCCUUUAGAAAAGACGAUCAGAGAUAGACAAGACGUACCGGCAUACAUUUUGAAUAUCACAUCAUCGAACAAAAUACAUUAUGACCCAAAAUCAAGAUUAACAAAGGACCCUUCAAAGGGAUAUAUUAAUGACAAGAAUCAAUUCGUGAAGAAAUUGACUGGAGAAGCAAAAAGGUUGGAUAGCCUACAAACAUUUGCCUGGGAACAGAGUAAACAAAAAGAAGAAAUAAAUCAGCGAAAAGCGUUCGAGAGGAAAUUAACAGGUCAAAAGCAAUCAGAAACUGAUUCUGAUGAAUAUAAAGUAGAUUUGAACUUAAAUAUGGAAGCCAAUCCUACCGCAAUGAUGCUCCAAGCCAGAUAUCAACAAGAGCAACAGAAUGAAGCGAAACAAAAGAGGAAAAGAGAGCUAUUAGCUAAAUAUGGGGGAGGGGACUUUUUAAGUAAGCCCCAGGAAUCUGUCCAAGUUAAUGAGGUGAUUAAAACAAUCGACAAGUCUUUAAAUAAGGAUAAAGCUGGGUUAAAAAGAUCUAUAUAUCGGGAGGAUAAUUAUGCCAUGAACCACAAGAGUAUUUGGGGUAGUUACUACUUGAAUGGAGAAUGGGGCUAUGACUGUUGCAAACAAACAACUCGAAAUGCUCGAUGUACGAUCGACUAG